AUGACUCCCGUACGCCAACACUUCUCACCUCCGUUCUCUUAUGGUACAUGUGAUGAGAGUCUCGGUGAUGACUUUAGUUUUGCCGUCCAUUCAACGUUCCAAGAUGCUCUCUUUGAACCACAUGAGACUAUUGAUCCGACGCCGUUUAGUCCUGUCUUUUCAUUAGAUACCGUUCAGUCAAACUAUCGAAUUCCACCGCAACGGCGUCUCAAUCCAGUGUCACCUAUUGUUUCUAUGACAAUGUAUUCGCCUUCACGCUCAGCCAUGCGAUCAACGUUCGCAAAGAAACCGAAACGUGACGUAACUCCAGGUACCCAAGUAGGUCGCUGGACUAAACGAGAACACGAACUUUUCCUCGAAGGAUUACAACGUUUCGGCAAGUCCUGGAAAAAGAUUUCGAGUCUUGUACAUACACGUACGCUUGUACAAAUCCGAACGCACGCUCAAAAGUAUCUUCAGAAACAGUCUCGAGGAGCGAUCAAGAACAAAUCACAAACCAGUAUUUCUUCUCGAGACUUAAUGACGUGCCUGUUAGAUACACACCGUGUCCCCUCGCUUCUAGACAAUACUCGUGUGUCGACUAUCACGAACGAAUACUAUACGAGUCCGACUGCUAUUGAAGACGAUCUGCUUGGAUUUCUGCACCACAACGAGCUUUGGGUGCCUCCUGUUACUCAAGAAACGAGUGUGUUGAGCCAUUCCGCUUCGAUCUCAGCUGCACGUCCUGUCGUAUAUCCUGCGAUUACACCCACGUCGGCUCGAGAAACUCGAACGAUAGGACACCGACCAAAAGCUUCUCAUACGUUUGUAGGGACACAUGUGUGGUUGUAG